AGGGGGGCGGGACCCCAGCCCGCUCACGCCGGAAGUGGUUUGCGUUUUCAAGAUGGCGACUCCCUAUGUAACUGACGAGACCGGCGGCAAAUACAUCGCUUCAACACAACGACCUGACGGGACCUGGCGCAAGCAACGGAGGGUGAAAGAAGGCUAUGUGCCCCAGGAGGAGGUCCCAGUGUAUGAGAACAAGUAUGUGAAGUUUUUCAAGAGUAAACCAGAACUGCCUCCAGGUCUGAGCCCCGAGGCCACUGCUCCUGUCACCCCAUCCAGGCCUGAAGGAGGGGAACCAGGCCUCUCCAAGACAGCCAAGCGCAACCUGAAGCGGAAGGAGAAGCGGCGGCAGCAGCAGGAGAAGGGGGAGGCAGAGGCCUUGAGCCGGACUCUCGAUAAGGUGUCUUUGGGAGAGACUGCCCAAGUCCCCACUGCUCCGCAGGGCUCCCGGGCAGCCCCUACAGCUGCCUCUGACCAGUCUGACUCAGCUGUCACCACUGAGAAGGCCAAGAAGAUAAAGAACCUAAAGAAGAAGCUUCGGCAGGUGGAAGAGCUGCAGCAGCGGAUCCAGGCUGGGGAGAUCAGCCAGCCCAGCAAAGAGCAGCUGGAGAAGCUAGCGAGGAGGAGGGCGCUAGAGGAGGAGCUCGAGGACUUGGAGCUGGGCCUGUGAGGCCUUUGGGGAGUAGGGAAUGGACUGCAGAACAAACCAUGGGGCUCUCUGGGGUCCUGAGGAAUGUGGGCAGCAGCAGUCAGGAGGGGGACCCCCCAUACUGACUCAGUUCCACCUCUCAUGGUCCAACUCCGUCCUCCAGAGCCUAGCCUCGCCGUCAUUCCUUCCCUCUUCUUCCCAACUCCUAUUUUUUGGACUUUUCUCCCUCCCAUUCCCAGUGUUGAAAAUCUCAGUGACUACCCCAGGUACCUUUGCUGCUGAUUUGGGUGUCUUGUUUAAAAGAGAAUUGGGUGGGUGGGACUCUUGGAGAACUGAGGUCGAGGGUAGGGGGAGUACACCCAAGUCUUGGAGUCUUGGUUCCUGUUCACAGUGUUUAUGGGUUAUUUCUCCCUCCAUUCCUCACCUCCUUUUUUUUUUUUUCUCUUUUUUUUUUUUUUUAAA